AGCCUUGUCUAGUUUACUCCCAUAACCAAAAACAGCCAAAACAGCCGAACACAAAUGAUGAACACUCCUCUUUUUUAAACACCCCUCUCCCUCUAUUUAUUUCAUUUCCAAUCCCAUCCUCUUUCCAUAUCAGAUUCUGGCCGGCCAUGGCCUCCAACGCCCUGUCUCUCUUUUCCUCCGGCUGUGGCUGGCUGUGGCAUGAACCCACGUCUCCACCACCAUCAUUAUUCACAAGCUCCAAGCUACCUUCUUUGGCCACCACCAGGAGAUUAGCUCCAGUCUUCACCACGUCCACGGCGACUAGUGUUCUCUCAGACAACGCCUACACCAAAGCCAAGAAGGAAGAAGUGGAAGCAAAGGAGCAACCGAUUAACGGGGCUUUGGAGGACGGUGAUGAUCAAGUGAGCUUCAACCAGUUCUUCCAGCAAUCCAAGGAUCUUCUCAGAUCGGACGACCAGUUUAGUUCCGGAACUGCAAGUGGACCACCUCGGUGGUUCUCCCCUGUAGACUGCGGGGCCCCCACCACCAGCCAUGAUUCCCCUCUCCUUUUCUUUCUGCCUGGAAUUGACGGCACCGGACUUGGGCUUGUACGACAUCACCAGAAACUUGCAAAGCAUUUCCAAGUCUCGUGCUUGCAUAUCCCUCCUAAGGAUCGAACACCCUUUACAGACUUGGUGAAGCUGGUUGAGAGAACAAUUCGAUCAGAGCAUCAUGCCUCACCGGGUCGUCCCAUAUAUCUUGUUGGAGAGUCUCUUGGAGCAUGCCUCGCACUAUCUGUGGCCGCCCUUAACCCGGAUAUCGACCUUGUUCUUAUACUGGCAAAUCCAGCAACGUCCUUCAGCAGGUCACCACUUCAAGCUGUAUUACCUCUGCUGCGGUUCCUGCCAGACACUCCCAUUCUUAGCCUUCCUCAUAUUCUAAGUGCAGUUACAGGUGCAAUGGUGGCUGGUCUGGAGAAGGGAGUUGGAGCACUUCAACUGCCACAGACAGUUGAAAAGCUAUCAAGGGAAACUGUUGCACAAUCAAUAUCUAACCUCUCUGUUCUUGCUGAUAUCUUACCCAGAGAAACACUUCUCUGGAAGCUACAAAUGAUUAGUUCAGCUUCUUCAUAUGUCAAUUCACGUCUCCAUGCUGUAAAAGCUCAAACCGUGAUACUUGCCAGUGGAAGAGAUCCAUUGCUACCUAGUCGAGAAGAAGGUCACAGACUCUGUGGCCUGCUUGCGACUUGUCAAAUCCGUACUUUUGAUGACUGCGGCCAUUUCCUCUUCUUGGAAGAUGCUUUUGAUUUGUUAACUGCCAUCAAGAAUGUUGGUUUCUAUCGGCGUUCGAAAGAACGUGAUUUUGUUUCAGAUUACAUACCACCAUCCCCUUCCGAAGUUAAAGGCAUAAUGGAUAAAAACAGAUGGGUUAACCUGGUCAUGAACCCAGUGAUGCUCUCAACUUUAGCAGAUGGGAAGAUAGUGAGGGGCUUUGCUGGGAUCCCUAAAGAGGGUCCUGUAUUGUAUGUUGGUUAUCACAUGUUACUGGGAUUUGAAAUAGUUCCCUUGGUAACCCAAUUGUUGGAACAAAAUAACAUUCAUUUGCGAGGGAUAGCGCAUCCAAUGAUGUUUCUCAAAUGGAAAGAUGAGAGUUUACCUGACUCAUUCUACGAUGAUUUCAGACUUAUGGGAGCUGUUCCCGUAUCAGGAAAAAACUUUUUCAAACUUCUCUCUACAAAGUCUCAUGUCCUCCUCUAUCCAGGUGGAGUGCGUGAGGCUCUUCACCGCAAGGGGGAAGCAUAUAAGUUGUUCUGGCCUGAACGGUCAGAAUUUGUGAGAAUGGCAGCUAGAUUUGGAGCCAAAAUUGUACCUUUUGGUGCUGUUGGAGAAGAUGAUAUUGGUGACCUAUUUCUUGAUUAUGAAGACCAGAUGAAAAUUCCUUUCCUCAAAAAAUUCAUUGAGGACCUGACAGCUGAAACUGCAAAAGUGAGGUCCACUGUUGAUGGGGAGACUGGGAACCAAGCUGUGCACUUGCCAGGAAUUGUACCGAAAUUUCCUGGCCGGUUUUAUUAUAAAUUUGGGAAACCAAUUGAAACAGCAGGGAGGAAGCAGGCAUUACGAGACAGAGAGAAAGCUCAUGACCUGUAUCUAGAAGUUCAAUCAGAGGUUGAGAAGUGCCUUGCUUAUUUGCUGAAGAAAAGAGAGAGUGAUCCUUACAGAAACCUGGCGGCUCGGUUACAAUACCAGGCCAUACACGGGUUUACAUCUGAAGUUCCCUCAUUUGACCUGGAUUAAUGAAGCGAAAGCAGGCAAUGGUUCUUCUGUUGGAUCAUACAGCUGUGAAUCAGUUACUUAGUAAUACAAAUUAAAUCACAGAACAGGCCUAGCUAGUCCUAGUCUUAGUCACAGAAGAAAAGAAAAAGAAAAAAGCAGAAAACUAGAGGGCCUGAAUUUGAAGUCAUUUCAAAGUUGGAAUAUCACAUGUAGUUACUGCCUUCAAUAUAGAACUGGCUCCUGUGAGUUUGAUGAAAGUUCCUCCUGAGAGUAGGAAACAAGUUACGAAGUAGAAGCCUCCUGAUGGGAACGAGAAACUCCUACAUAUCUGAAAGGUUAGGUUAGAGGCACUCAUCUAUGACUAAAACACAUUCUCUCUAGCUCUA